CUGAAGCCUCGACGCCGCAACCGGAAGUGUGUGCUUCACACGCCAGUUACAUCCGGGACUUCCCGGAGGUGAGUCAGAACGCACCACAGACGCGAAAAUAACGCAAGCGUUGCAUUGCUAUCAGAGCCCUGCGGCCCUUCUCCUGCUCCACGGACCCUAACGAGCCCCUUGCUUGGGGGGCUCCACAGGAGCUCCUUGCUGCUUGGCCAGCAGGCUGCCUCCUUGCUGCUGGCUCAGCUGAAAGCCCAGCUAGCAGUGACGCAGAUAAACAACGCCCUCGCUGUUGGCAGCCGAGUCGCGACCUUGGCGUCCAACUCGCCUGCUGCCUACAUUCUCGCAAUACCCCCCUCCCCAACCGCUGCGGCCAUCAACCUCCUUAACCUUCUGAAGAUCGCAAACACCAUGUCCCAUCCCCUCUAUAACCCCUAUGCCUCUGGGAACCAGAUACCCCCCCAGGGGCAGUAUGGACUCUCCAGUGGACACGCAGAGAGGGACCCUCGGACAGCAUCUCGACUUGGACCUGGGUCCAGCUUUGACUCCACUGGAACUUCUUCUCUGACUUCUAGCAGCUCUGGGAGAGUACCUCCAUCUCAGCUGCCUCAGCUGAUGAGCUUGAGGCCUGAACGGAGUAGGACCAUAAUGGACGAGGGCAUGGAGAGGUCUAUAGACAUGCAGAUCAGCAGAGCCAGAGAGGAGGUGAGGCUCCUCGGCAAAUCAGCGCAUCAGCCCCUAGACUCUCGAUAUAGUAGCAUUCAAAGGGAGAGUCUCUCCUCGGGCUCAGUGGUGGCUUCCUACCCAGUGUCCAAGAACUCUGGCCCUCUAGGGCAGAGCUACCCGGCAGUUGAAAGUGUCAGUAGCUCCUCGGACUGGUUGUCACACUACAAAAGGCCAAGUGCAGAUGAACCCUCAAAAUGUUAUGCAUCGUCUGCCUCGUCAAACUAUGCAAGCAAUGUUGAUGGUAGGUUCAAUGCGGCCAGUGAAAGACCGCGUGAUAGGCCGUCCAUUCCAGGGUUGGGUGAUUUCGACAAAGCAGCUCCGGACCCCAGAGCGCCCACUCGACAACACAAGUACACCUCUGAAUCAGCUUCUAACAUACUGGUGCAUUUUGGACUUGAAAAAGAUGACUUGGAACAUCUCAUCUCGUACCCUGAAGACCAGAUCACCCCUGCCAACCUGCCGUUCAUCUUGCGGCAAAUUCGCCUUGAGAAGACCAAGAAAGCUACAACUGCGGCUCCAUCAAAACCCUGCCCCGAACCCCCACCCUACAGAAUGACUCAUUCCAGAGGGGCCGGGAUGCGCCAGGAGGAAAUGCCCGCGGCUGGCCGGCAUUCAAGUAAUGUGAUUGACUAUGGACACACAGGCAAAUAUACCGGAGGGGUUGGGGAAGGGAUUGGAAGGACCAGUGGAGAUACCAGUGGUGGGAGUGGAGGUAUGUCGAAGAUGGACACUUCCGAUAGCAGCGGACACGCUCGAGAACCACAGCAAAAGCCUGAGUUGAAAAGCAUUGCGUUGGGUUUUUCUCGUGACCAGGCGACUUUGGUUUCCAGUUUCAGCUCUUUGCACAGUACAACGCCGAGCUCUGUUGCUCCCCCGAGCAACGACCCGACCAAACGAGUGCAAACCCACGCAAUCGUCAGCCCUUUCCAUCUCAAAGACGCAGACGUCAGGGUUGUCAAGUCGGAAGCCCCCAAGCCCGUUCCAAUGAAAGAGCCACAGGCGGAUCGGCAGUCAUCAAUGAAAACCCAACCGGCCCCCACUCUGUACCGCUGUUUGCAUCCCAGCAGACCGAGUCUGGUGCUCCUUGGCAGUAACAAUGCCAGUGACGAUACCAACCAGAGUAAAACCCCAGGACCACCGUCAGCCGUCGCAGAGCAGAUGAAAAAACAGCCGCAGAUGCAGCCGGUGCAGCAGAUGCAGCCGGUGCAGCAGAUGCAGCCGGUGCAGCAGAUGCAGCAGAUGCAGCUGCAGAAGCAGCAGAAGCAGCCGGUGCAGCAGACUCAGAAGCAGCCGAUGCAGCAGUUCCAGAAGCAGCCGGUGCAGAAGAUUCAGGUGCAGCCUGUGCAGCAGCAACUGACUCAACAGGGACAGAGUCAGCUGGUACCGCAGGCCAUGUGGCCUCAAUUCUUUCCCGCCGCAAAGCCAGUUCCCCCGGUCCUUCACAUCUCCGGCUUCGCUAACACUGUGCAGCGCCCAGCGUUUAUCCCGAGUCGUGGCCCCCCAACCGGUCGUCCUCCUCCGCUUCUCACGCCUCCAAGCCUGAUGGACUUUGUUCAUUGGACAAUGCCGUCUUCGGACAGUCAGCCCCAGGACACGGCUGCAAGAUCCAAGAGCCUGCCGACAGCAGCCAUGAUGCACGAUUACGCAGCAGCCACGCCGAGAGUCUUUCCACAUACUUGUUGUCUGUGUAACCGAGAUUGUCAACGUAUGCCGGAUUGGAUCUCCCACCAGAACUCCAACCUUCACCUGAGGAAAUGCAAACUCCUCCGAACACAAUUCCCAGAGUGGGAUGGUGACAUUGCUCUCAGUGCUGCGGGUGAAGAGGCCGAGCCCUCAGCCUCCUCACAGACUUCCCAGCAUCUUCAGAAAGCCAGACAUGGAAGCAGCUCCCGCUCCCCGAGCCCGCGUCACCAUCGGCCCGGCGACAGGCGGGACAAACGCGGCCGGCGAUCACCGUCGCCGUACAGCCCCAGAUGCACUCGCAGGUCCCGCUCUCGCUCCCCGUGGUCCGACCACCCUGCCUCCUCCCGCCAUCGGUCACCUUCAAGAAGCCCUGAGAGACGAACCUCGCCCAGGAGAAGAGAAGAUAGAUGGUCAUCAACGAGGAGGAGCCGGGAGAGGCGAUCAUCUCCAAGGUGGAGCGACGGGAGGCAGUCUCCAUCAAGGAGGAGAAGCGAGAGGGAGUCUCCAUCGAGGAGGAGAAGUGAGAGGGAGUCUCCAUCGAGGAGGAGAAGCGAGAGGGAGUCUCCAUCGAGGAGGAGAAGCGAGAGGGAGUCUCCAUCGAGGAGGAGAAGCGAGAGGGAGUCUCCAUCGAGGAGGAGAAGCGAGAGGGAGUCUCCAUCGAGGAGGAGAAGCGAGAGGGAGUCUCCAUCGAGGAGGAGAAGCGAGAGACGAUCGCCUGAACGUAAGACGAGCAGGACGGACCACUUGGUGAAGAAACUGCUGGAAACAUCAGCUGUCCAGAGUCUGUCCAAGCAGUCUGACCUGGAGACGGUGGUUAAGACUCUGGCUCCGGCCUUACUGGCCGAGCUGGCCAAGAUGAAGUCCACGUCAUCGUCUUCCGUUGGAGAAAAGCCCUCCUCGUCUUCUGCCUCCAAGCAGUCGGCCAAAAAGGCCUCAACGACGAAUGAAACCAGCGAGGUGAAACUGGAGGGGGUUCAUAACGUCUUUCACAGUGAGGUGGUGGCUGCUGUGCAGAAAUUUGGGAAGAUCAAGUCCGUUGUCCUGCACCGGGCCACAGAGGAGGCAAUCGUGACAUUCGAUAAAGUAGAAGACGCCAGGAAAUUGAGGAGCUUAAAGAGCGUCGACGUGAAAGGGCAUCGAAUCACUGUUGCUGGACGAAAGGAGACUGUUGCCAAGAAGCUAAAGCCUUCCCAGAAAAAACCAGCCACGGCCGUCGCCUCCACUCCUCAAACCACAAGAAAGGCCCAUGACCCUGAACCUUCCAUUUCUACUCUUAAAUGUCCUGCAAAGCCCCCGUCUUCACCUUCUGGAGCCAAAACGGCCACAACAAGCCGACUCCAGAAAAGUGGCGUGAAAGGCUCAGUCAAAGGUCGAGGGACUGUCACUCAAACAAAAACAAAGAACAUCUCAGCCAAGCCAAUAAACAAAGGAAAGUUGCCUUUGAAGAGAGCUGUGAGAAAAACAUCACCAGGGACCAAGUCCACAACUCCAAAAUCCACACCAGAAGAACCUGAAACCAAGGUUCAAGGAGCCACGGUGGUCAAAAAGGAUCUCGGCGAAGCGAAUGUCCCCAAAGAGGCGGAACCAAGGACGAUUGAGGGAACGGGAGCUGAAGUGGAGGAGCCCAUGGAAGUGGCAAGUAGUGCAGAGAAAGAGGAAGAAACAACAACCACGGAGGCGGCGGCAGAAAGUUCAGCAGACGAACCUGCCGGUAGUCGACCUGCGAGCAGCGAAGCCGAUACGGGGCCGACCGAAACCUCGGGACCGGAGUCCGCCGCACAAGGACCGGAGACCCGGGCGGAACCUUCAGGCAUCACGCAGGAGGCCGCAGGAAUCUCCACGGAAGCAGCUGAGGAGGCCAAGCUGCCAGCGGGACGAGUGGAGACAGAAACAGCGGGAAAAGAAUUUGACCUUGAAGAUAAAACUCCGGAGGCAGAGAGUUCAGCCGGCCAAUCCGGUGAGAGGGAACCGUCCUCCGUCGAAGCUUCGCCCCCCACCCAGCAGAGCACCUGCUCAGAACCGCAGUCCGCUGCACCAGGACCGCAGCAGGAAGCAGGAACCUCCACUGAAGCCUCCACGGAGGCCAAGCCGCCAGAUCCUGAGCAGGCGGUGGAUACCCAAGGAGAGGCAGAAUCAUCCGCGAGGGCUUCCAGGAGCAACGCGCCUCUGGCCACGGCCAUCGGCACUGAUGCUGUGUUUUUUGGGGAGACGCUGGGAUGCCAGAUGUACCCAAGCAAAAUACCGUCAGUGCCGGACACGACCCUCUCUAGUGAAGAGAUCAUUGCGAAAGGUUACAGGCAGUUGGUCGUUGGCCACCUGCCGGACUACGACAGCUGCUGCUACACAGAGGAAGACCUGGCAAAUGUGCUCAUCCCAUUUGGCUUUCAAUAUGCAGAAGACCGCAUCUACGUUCUUCCUCAGUCACGCAUGGCCGUCAUCGUUAUGCCGACGGCUGAGGAUGUGCACAAAAUGAUCACCGGCCCCGUCAGGGAGGGCAUUUUCUUCAAAGGACGGAAACUCUCUUUCCGUGUUGCAACUGACAAUCCGAUGUUGACACCGUUCGAGUUUUAUGAAUCACUGACGAACCAGUUUUGUUACUUCAAGUGUUCCAAAUCACGCACAAAGCCACUUCGUUACACUGUGGAUGGUAAGGGAACACAAACCAUCUUCAUCACCAACAUUUCAUGGAGCGAGGCCUUGAAGCUCCGAGAGUCUUUGAAAACAAUCCAACACGUCAAGAACUUCUUUCCUCUCCUCAACAAGGUGUUCGUGGACUUUGAGAGCUCUUGGCAUGCUGAUCGGCUCGGCGUCUGGUACAGUCUCCUGAAGCGAGCCCCUAAUCACAAAGUCACCAGGCUGACCGCGCCAGGCGUUCACAGUUACACCAAGAAACAAGCACCAAGACAUCCCGAGUGCGCUCUGCCUCCCAGCGAGGAUGCUGUUACCGGGGCAACCGUCCCGCCAAUGGAAUUAGGCAUUCCGCAGGGCAAUGUUGGACCGUUCUGGGUGACGCUGAGAUCGGAUCCCUUCCUGUUCCUGACCAAGUCUCCUUGGUUCAUCAUCCCACAAUUCCAGACAGUCCGAACACUGAAUGAUAUUAGGAAGGCCGUGCGCGGCCCCAAGAUCCCAACCGUCAUGUUGACCGGAUUACCGGAGGGAAACUACCGGCACGACGACGUGGUCAAGCUGGUCCGGCGCUUUUUCCCCAGAUGGAGCCUCUCCUCUGCGUUCUACGACGUGGUGGUCUUACCUCUGCAGAGGAGGGCCUUUGUGUUUUUCGCUGAUUGGACUUCGUGCUGCAGUUUCGUCCGGGAUCGUUUAAGAAAGCAGGUUUCUGUGCUGGAUUGCCCGCUCACGGCUCACUUUGUCUUGGAGGACAUGAAUCCCUUCUCCACUGAGGAGACGAUGUACGCGACUCUGAUGAAGUGGAGCAACGCUGGGGUCCCGGAGCCGGAGGGUCUGGAGGAGCGGCUGCUGUGCGUGGAGACCUCCGAGACGUCGCCGCACAUCACGAGGGCCGUCAUGGGCGCCGUGGCGUCCGUGGCGUCCUUCGCCGGCUUCCUGCCGCUCGCCAACAGGAUAUGCAUCGAGAUGACGGACUCCGGCGCUGUAGCCCAGGUGGUGAAGGAAUUGAACAAUGUCUUAAAAGGGUCCACGGAUAAACCUGAAGCUUGGAGUGAAGUUCAACAUGUCGAGACUGUGAAGAGCCUGAAACAGCGUCUUCAAUAUUCUUGCGAGAACCAGAACUUACAAGACAGCUCCGUCAAAGUCCAAACCGAGCCCCUUGCUGCGAAGCGUCCAACCCCGCCCUCCUUACCUGGACUACCGGAUGUUGGGUCACAACCUGCCGAGAGAACCGGUGGCUCAGGUGGAUCCACCGUUGCUCAGCCCGUCCCAGCAGGACCAGGUGCUGGUGCCGCCAGCGACGCCUCCUUGGAAGAGGACGAGGAGAAAGUAGCCACCGAGUCCGCUUUUGGUCCCGGAGACGUAGAGAAAGCAGCAGAACGGGAGGACGAGGAGCCACUCGCGACGUCAGCCUUUACUGCUGAUGUGACCUCUGAUCUGGGUCCUUCCCCGUCAGCCACAGCGCUCGCGCCCCAAGAAAGCUUCGCCGCGCUUCCUCAGAUUAACGCCGACGUUUUCCAGGCCAUCGCGGCGGCAGUUCGCAACCACCGGCUCACCCGAGAGAGCCGCUCCAGGAGCGAGGAGAAGGAGAGGACCAGCAGAAGCAGCAGAAGCGCGAGAGAUGCAGCGGCUGAAGACGCGCCGCAAACGCAGGCUCAGGAUGAUGCUACGUGUCACAUGGCCUCGCCCGAUGCCGCUCGCUUCGAUGAGCUUAAUUUCAACAUGGAUGACUUUGUCACUGUCGACGAGGUCGGCGAUGACGUGGGCGACAGAAGCCCCGAGCCUCAUGGCUCCUCUUCAUCCAGGCAGUCCUCCGGACCAGGAAGAGAGGGACAAAGCCUCCAAGUGUCCGCUGGCAAACAGACCUCAACGGGGUCCUGGAAAGACUCUAAAAGCACAGCAUCUGCCUCUCCUCCCUCAUCCAAGUCCACCGAAGACUUGAGCUCUUCGGUCUGUGGCUCACCCACCAGGUCCUCCAUCAAACCCUCCGCCAGGGCCAGAAAGGCCGUCCCCUCGUCCCCGCUGUCUACUGAAACCUCGUCUCCACAUUCUGCGGCCAAAGCCUCCACCGCUGCGUCCUCCGGUUUACGUACCCGCUCGUCCUCUGCACGGGAAACAAAGAGGAUCGCCUCAGCAGCAGCGUCCUCGGCAGCAACGUCCUCGGCAGCAGCGUCCUCGGCAGCAACGUCCUCGGCAGCAACGUCCUCGGCAGGAAGUCUCUCCGAGCAGCUUUUGGAAGGACAAGACGCAGAGCGCACGGUGGACGAGUCCGACCAAAAGAUGUCAGAGACACUAAUAGAAACCUCAUCAGAGACACUAAUAGAAACCUCAUCAGAGACACUAAUAGAAACCUCAUCAGAGACACUAACAGAAACCUCAUCAGAGACGCAUCCGCCUCACGGAGAACGUGGGUCAGAGAGUCUGGAGAUCGACAUUAACGUCAACACACAACAGCAGAAGCAAAGCGCAGAAGAAAAGGAAGAAGAUGAUGUUGACAAACGUACCAAGGUGGAAGAAGACCAAAGCCACCGAGCUGUUGGUCCGCUCGGGGACGGAACCGAUGACCCGAUGGACGAUGGGGAGCGAACACGCAGCUCUGAAGCCCAGACGAGCGGACCGAACGCAGGCCAGACUUUGCGUGACGAAAGCCUCCAGGUGGCGGACGGCGUCGGCGACGAGGUCCUAACCGGCCCACCGAGGUGUGAGGAGAUGGAGGUUGACGCUUCUCUCCAGGUGUUGGACAGCGUUACAGAAGGCGAAGCCGCUACAGGACAAGAGGACAGCUCCACGGGAACGUCUGGGGAUCAUUUACAGCUGUUAGAUGCAGGUAGUGAAGACACGCCGAGGGACAUGGGGGACGAGAAGAGGACAGCAGAGGACGAAGUCAAAGCUAAGGAUAAUGGUGACAGACCGGUUCCAAAUGAAGACCGUUCUCUUCCUGACGCCGGAAACAAGGAAAACUCCCAAGGACCCAGAAAGGGACGUAACUGGACAGAAGCCUUUGAGAUAUUGGAUCCGAUCGACGAUCUCACUUCAGCAGAAGAUCACGGCCAGAACCAUGAAAUCAACAGUGGCCAAAUCUCCCAAGAAGACAUCCUGGCCACGGAGGACGAGGAAGACGCAUAUCGGGUAAUUGACUCGGUGGAGGACCAGCCAAUGACUACGGACUCUGAGACCGGCCACCAAGGAAGAAGAAACUCGAGAGGGACGGCGACCGCCAGAAAAGACAACAAGCCGUCCAAGAGGAGUGAACCCACAACCACCGCGUCCACAAGGGACGAGAAGGAGCCGUCCCCAAAGAAACCAGACAGAGCGGGUCAAAGAUAUGAGACGCGGUCAAAGCCGGACCUCAUUGCAAAGGUUUCCGAAAAAGACAAAGAGGUCCCCGAAGACGUUGAGUUUAAGAUAGUAGAUUCUGUAGAAGAAGAACCGGUUCGACUCGCUGCCACCCCGGAGAUGUCUGUCAGAAGAAGAAGUGCGAGAGGAAAGAAAGAGGACAAAACCACAGUGGAUCUCACAGACGCGUCCAACAAAGCAGAGGAGGCUACUUACAAGAUCUUAGACUCUGUGGACGAUGAGGAACCGACAGCAAGAGCCACCAGAGGAAGAAGAGGACGGACGACGAAGAAAGAGGCCUCAAAUGAGAAGACCGAAGACACCCCGACGGGACGGAAGCAAACUCCCGCCAGAGAGUCACAGGAACCAAACGGGGGAGAGAAAGGCGCUUGGAGAGCGAGCACCCCGUCACGGAGGAGCGGCAGUGUGGUGAGCGAGUUCAGUCAGGAGGAGCGACCCGCUACAAGAAGCAAAGGGACGAGGGGAAGACCAAAGAAAGGAGCCAAAACAACUAAAACAUCAGCAUCUAAAGAUGCGCCUGGCGAGGAAGAGGCGGCGUAUCGGGUCCUGGACUCCGUGGAGGACGAGGCGGAGAGCGCUCUGAUGGACGUGGACCAGCAGAGGCUGAGGAGUGAACCGCUCACAGGAUCGCCCAAAGACGGAGAGGAGGACGAGCCGAUGUAUCGCAUCAUCGAUUCUCUGGAUGACGAUCAACUAUUGACCGGAGGGGACGAGACACGGGAAGGGGCAUCGGCUGAAGAAGAGGACGCCUCACCGCGUGCCGGCGAGGACGACGGGGCUGUGGAAGAGGAGCCGCUGUAUCGGAUCGUCGACGACGUGGACGAGUCGUCUCCUGCAGGACCUCAGAGGGAUCCCGCCGGUCCUGGAAUGGACGGCGAGAAAGACGACACGGCGCGCAGUCUGGUGAACCUGGACGAGGUGAGCGAGGAGGAGGAGGAGUACCCCGACGACACGGCCGAGGAGGAGGAGCUGAGGAGGCGACAAGCCGCCGCAAAGGAGAAGCAGAUCGCCGAGGAGCGAGCAGCGAGGAGGACCAGGGAGAGCGAGGAGAGGAGGACCAGGGAUGCAGAGCGAAGGAGCCGGAGCGGCAGCAGCAGUAGAGGAGGCGGGGCAGGGAGGAGGAGGGAAGAGGAGGAGACGGGGGCGGUGGACCCCCAGGAGCUGGUGACUCUGGAUGAGGUGGGAGCAGAUGACGCCGGAGAGGAGAGAGCAGCGAGCGGCACGGAGUGGGACGGCGAGAUCACGGGGGCGGAGCUGCAGGCGCUCGUCACUCUGGACGAGUUCAUAGAAGGAGAAGAGGAGGACGGGAAGGUGGAGCAAAGCCCUCGGAAGCCCCGCCCACCUAGCCAGGAGGAGGAGUCCGUGGACCUCUUGGACCCAGAGGCUUUGGUGACUUUGGAUGAAGCUGGCGACGAUGAGGAGGAGCAGCCGGACGAAGAGCCAGCUGAGAGCAGAUCUGCCAAACGCAAAAGCAAUGACGACUCAGCUUUAGAAGACAGUGUCCACUUUGUGACGGUAGACGAGGUGGGAGAGGUGGAGGAGGAGGAGGAAAAGGAAGCGGUGCAAACCAGGAAACGAGGACGACCCAAGAAGAGAAGCCGACAAACUCCUGUGAGGAAAUCGGCCAGAGUGAGAAAGGGGACCACAAAAGAGGAGAGCGCUGAAGAAAGGGAGCCAGCCGCCAGCGAUCUGCUGCCUCCAUCUGCAACCGACGCCCCCCCGUCGCGGGGCAGAGGUCGUUCUGCGUUGUCGGGUGUCGGCCAGCCGGAGAUUCAGAGGACGGAGACUGAUGCUGCCGCCGGGGGGGAGCCGGAGCCGCAGCCGCAGCAUCCUGAGAACCAGACCCAGGAGCCAUGUGGGGAGGAGAAGAAGUGGGACAUUAAAGCUGCCAGUAAGCGGACGAGGGAGCUUCUGGGACCCGAAGCCAAGCGAUCUCGCUCUCAGUCUCCGUGCGUCGCCGCCGACAUCAAACUGCCGGCGUUCAAACCCAACAACCCGCUCGGUCGGGAGUUCGUGGUCCCCAAGUCGGGUUAUUUCUGCAACCUGUGCUCCGUUUUCUACCUGACCGAGAGCGCCGCCAAGGACCUGCACUGCAGCAGCCGCAGACACCACGACAACCUGCAGAAACAUUUCCAGGAGCUUCGACUGAAACCGCAGAGCAGUUCCACACAAAGUUCUCAAGGCUCCGUUUCCGACUGAUCCCCACUUUUAGUUUGAACUUUUAUUAAAUAUGUGAAAGUGGUGAUGGCGGACAGCUGUACCGCCCCCUGCAGGGUCUAAAGCCACAUGUGAUUCCUGAACUAACUGAGCACAAACUGAAACUAUAAUUAGUUCCUUUAUGUUUGAGUGUGUAUCCAAGAACUUAACAAAUAUUAAACUGUAAGAUGAUAUAACUUGG